AAACAAAUGUUGAUCCAUUAUCAGCUACAAAUAUUAGCAUAUCAGAACAAGAACUUUUGAGAAAAUUCCGCACGAAAAUAAAUAAGUUUCAGUGUAUUCUUUGUCCUGUAUGUAAUGAGCGCUUCCUAUCUAUAGUGCUUGUUAAUAAUAUGUGCCGUCAGUGUAAUGCUAAAAUAACUUUGCUAAAAAAGUUUUCUGCUGAAAAUAAUAUGGAUCCAGGCAAAAUACCUUAUGAGCUUAAAG